AUAGCUACCAGGUCUCCGCACUGUUUUUGGGACUCCCACGGCGGAUCACCUCUCCACCUCGAGAGCUACGAGACGGACAUUGCAGUCACAACAUUUCUUGACUGAAACACCGCAGCCAUGGGUCUCAAUAGCCCGCCACUUUCCCAAGGUGUUGGAUAUGGCGUUGUCAUCGGAUUGGGACUUGCUUUUGCAUUUGGUAUGAUUCUGACGACUUUCGUGCUUAAGAGGUAUAACUAUGAACUCCAGACGUCUGAAAUGUUCAGCACCGCUGGACGUACUGUCAAAUCUGGACUUGUCGCUUCCGCUGUGGUUUCAUCCUGGACCUGGGCUGCUACUCUCCUCCAGAGCAGCGCCGUUGCCUACUCGUACGGUGUUUCGGGACCUUUCUGGUACGCUUCUGGUGCGACCGUCCAGAUCAUCCUUUUCGCUACGAUUGCCAUCGAGUUGAAGCGGAGAGCUCCCAAUGCCCACACCUUCUUGGAAGUCAUCCGAGCUCGUUAUGGCGCGGUGACGCACAUAGUGUUCAUGGUGUUCGGUCUCUUCACGAACAUCCUUGUCACUUCUAUGCUGCUCACAGGUGGUUCCGCAGUCGUAAACUCCCUUACGGGCAUGCCCACUGCCGCAGCUUGUUUCCUCCUACCCGUGGGUGUCGUUCUUUACACCCUUUUCGGUGGCAUCAAGGCUACAUUCCUGACCGACUACGCUCACACGGUCGUCAUUUUGGUCAUUCUCCUCAUGUUCGCCUUUACCGCAUAUGCCACCGACCCAUAUUUGGGAAGCCCUUCCAAGGUGUGGGACCUGUUGCAUGAGGCUGCCCAAAGGCACCCCGUCGAAGGCAACGCAGGAGGCUCUUAUCUUACCAUGCGCUCCAAGGAAGGCGCCAUCUUCUUUGUGAUCAACAUCGUUGGUAACUUUGGAACCGUCUUCUGCGAUAACGGAUACUACAACAAGGCUAUCGCAGCUAGCCCGGUUGAUGCGCUGCCCGGCUACAUCAUGGGUGGUCUCUCCUGGUUCGCGAUCCCCUGGCUAGCGGCUACCACUAUGGGUCUGGCUGCUCUUGCUCUAGAGUCCAAUCCCAUCUUCCCAACCUACCCGAACCGCAUCGACCCGGCCGACGUCUCCGCAGGUCUGGUCCUACCCACUGCCGCUGUUGCUAUGCUUGGUAGCGGUGGUGCAGCCGCCACUUUGCUCCUGGUCUUCAUGGCUGUCACUUCUGCCAUGUCUGCUGAGUUGAUUGCCGUGUCCUCCAUCUUCACCUACGAUUUCUACCAGACCUACAUCAACCCCCGAGCGACUGGCAGGCAGCUGAUCUAUAUGUCCCACUCCAUGGUCAUUGGUUUCGCUAUCGCUAUGGCCGCUUGGUCUACUGGGCUGUACUACAUUGGAAUUUCUAUGGGAUAUCUGUACCUCCUCAUGGGCGUCAUCAUCUCCUCCGCUGUGCUGCCGGCUACCCUGACCCUCAUGUGGAGCAAGCAGAACUGGUGGGCCGCAACCUUCACCCCGCCGCUAGGCUUCGCCUGCUCCCUCAUCGCAUGGCUGGUCACCGCCAAGAAGGAGAGUGGUGAGCUGACUGUAGCUACCACCGGUGCCAACAACCCCAUGUUGGCAGGCAACGUUGUCGCACUUCUCUCGCCUCUCAUCUUUGUCCCCGUCCUCACCUACGCUUUCGGCGUCCAAAACUACGACUGGGUCAGCAUGAAAGCCAUUCGUAAGGGCGACGACCACGACCUCGCCGCCGCUGCUCACGUCGAUCUCGAACUCAUCCCCGGUGAGCGCCGCAACAGCAUUGCCGACGAGGAAGAAGAACAAGCCAAACUCUACAAGGCAUCCCGCAUCGCCCGCUGGAUGACUGUCUUCAUGACGCUUGCCCUCCUCGUCCUCUGGCCUAUGCCUAUGUACGGAUCCGGCUAUAUCUUCAGCAAGAAGUUCUUCACUGGGUGGGUUGUUGUUGGUAUUCUUUGGAUGUUCUUCAGUGCUUUCUGCGUCGGUCUGUAUCCUCUUUGGGAGGGCCGCAAGACUAGCAUUCGUACAUUCAAGGCUAUUUACCUUGAUAUCACGGGUCGCGGCAAGCCCAAGCCCCAUAUUGAAGGCGAGGGUACUGAGACCCCGACGGAGGUCCUGCCCGAAAAGAUGAAGGAGUAAACUUCUCCUCAGCUGUCUGCCGACCCCAACGGAUCUUCGGUAUAGACUUAUGGAUGAUGUAGACGAGAUUGAUGCGAUGCCAUUGCUUUUGCGUUAGAUAUCCCCCUGAUACCAGCCCCUCUUUAGAGCGUGCAAGUCAGCUUAGAUGCUAGCACUGUUUAAUAAAAACAGAAGAACGCCGUUUGGCCAAAUCUUCAA